CGCAGCAAUUUCAUCGUCUUGACAUCCCACGCACCAUUGGAUCGUAUCACUCUAUCCGGCAUCACAUACAUCUUGACCAUGGCCCUGAAACGCAAACGAUCCUCCGCAACCCUGAGCUCCCCAUUCUCCGACACGACCACCAUCAGCAGCGACGCGAGCAGCCCCGGCGGUCUCCCCUUCUUCUACACCCAAAGCAAACCCACCGAGCCGCUCUACCAAAAACCCACCUGGUCAUUCCCCACCUACGACUCCGACUCGAGCUACAGCGCGCCGUCCCGUCACCUCAACAGCCGGACGCGCAAACGCCACCGCGACGACCGGCCGGACGAGGAGAGCGUAUUUGCAAGCACCCUUUCUCGCCUCUACGAAGCGCAACGGAGCCUGCCGAAACACGAACCCGCGCCGAGUGCACCGAGUCGGAUGGUGGUGGACGAGGAGCCGGUACAGAGGAGUACAUUACAUUCAUUCUGGAAAAUUGAAGGCGCUGCUCCGGUGCCACCGACAACACACAUGGCGAUUGACUCGGGAGGAAGCGCUCCUAUCAACCCGGAGAUGAGAUGCGAGGACUGCGAUGGUACCUUAAGACGAGACGAUGUCAUGGACCUGGAUGAUGGGAUCGUUGAGCUGGAGACAAGCUGUGUGUCAUGUAGACGGCACGUCUGUGACGCGUGCGCGGUACUGGGAAACGAGCGGGUAUGUUUGGCUUGUGUAAGCCGGAGUGGGCGGUAAUGCGGCAUUGCUUCAACGAAAUAGUGACAAAUCCAUCACGACAUCUUCACGAAUCUAGUUCUUCGAACCUCGUUCAGCCCAUGGCCGCAAAUAUCUCGAUAAGUGCC